AUGCGAUCCAUCAUCUACCUCGCAGUCACCGCCUUUGCUGCCGUUGUGGCCGCCCAGAGCAAUGGUAAUCCUUUCAACGUCCCUAGUGACGGCUACCAAUUCGUCGCUGGCCAGCCGACCACGGUCACCUGGGACCCUACCACCCCCGGCACCGUCUCCCUGAGGCUCCAGAUGGGCGACAAUGUCACUCCCCAAGAUGGUAUUCCCCUUGCCGAAAACCUCCCCAACUCAGGCAGCUUCGAAUUCACCCCCCCCGCCGACAUCCCCACCGCCUCUACCUACUACCUCCAAAUCAUGGACGAUGAUCAUCCCGAAAACUCCAACUACAGCCCCAUGUUCUCCAUCGGCGGAACCACCGGCACUGGCACUGCCCUGACCCCAAUCAGCACAACUGCCACUGAAACCCGCACCACAGACACCUCCGACUCCUCCAGCGCCACGACCACCACCGCCACGACGGACUCGGCCAGCACCACCAUGACCACCUCCGCCUCCACCACCACCAGCAGCUCCAGCAGCUCAUCCGCCUCCUCCUCAUCCACCCCGUCGCCGACCGGCGAUGCCACCAACGCCCCAGACCCGAACAGCGCCAUGUCCAUCGCCCGCCCUGGCUUUAUGCUCUCUGCUGUCCUGGCGCUGAUGUCUUUCCUGUAA